AUAUUCUAAUAUAAUUCCACACAAAUUUCGCUAUAAAUUUCGUGCACUUCGAAAUAAUCGACAGUUUGCUUCAAAGAACGUUACGCAGUCGAGGAGAUAUACAAAAUGCGGGUGCUAACAUUACUACUGUUCUUAGCAGUAAUUAUCCUGAUUUCUAACGCGGCUCCACCCAAAAAGCGCAGAGCAAACAAUGCAGUUAGUGCGCCAAAACGUCCUUUUAAAUCAGCAGCUGGAAGACAAAAUUCUGCAGCAGCAAGAGCUUUUUCUGGCCCAAAAAGCGCUAAAAGCAAACAGUUUAAGAAAGCAACAGGACCCAACAAUCGUCGCUCAUUGCAAAAACGCAACGGUUCCGGAUCGUCUAAUAACGGUAAUGCUCGACGUCCAGCAGCCGCAAGAUCACGGAUUGGCAGUAAGAAGUCUCGUCCGAACCCUGCUAACAACAAAAGACGUGGUCCUGGCGCAAUAAAUCGCAAUAGGCGAGCGAAUAGGCCAUCAUUUCCUGAAACCCCUGAUGAUGCACUACUGGGCGAUGAUGAGCAGUAUUUGGAUGAACUUCCUGAUAAUAACGUAUCUUUCGAUCUGCCCGAGUAUAAGGAUUCUAUUGGUAAUAAACCCCGUGGUCCGAAAACUUCUACUAAUAGAACUUCCAGAGGCUCAAAUAAUGAGUUAUUUGAUGACUUAAUUCUCGAUGACGAUUUUUUUGGUAAUAUCACUGAUUAUGAUGAUCUCAGUGAGCUUGUAGGGAAAUAUAAUGCAUCAAAUGAUGCGUUCCUUAAAGGCUUAAAUUUAUAUGACGGUGAAGAGAACGGUGGUAAAACAAAUGUCAGUGAUGUCAGUAGAAAGAGUGUAGCUGAUUUGAGUGAGAAACAAUUCAAUGAAUUGCUUAAAAAUAUGAGUGUAGAGUUUGAUAGCGUGGAAGGCAUUGACGCCGUCGAUGAUGGUACGCAGAACGUCGAGGAGGGCAAGAAGACUGAGGUGGACAAACCUCCAGCUGAAUCAGGAGCUGAGGAAGCUAGCGUUGAAAAAAAUAUUGAUGAUGAGAGUGGCAAAAAUAAUAAUAAAACAGUCGGAGAGGAAGGUUCUGCAAAGGUCCAGAAGCCUAGUGAUGAAUCAAGUGACACUCAGCCAACUGGGAAGAUUUCAGAUGAAAAGGACUAUGAUUUUGAUGAUUUAGGUGAAGAAGAACUUCCCGAAGGCGAUUAUGAGGGGUAUGAUGAAGACGAUGAUAAAAAAGUAUAAGUGUGUGUUGGUAAUUAAGUGCGUAUAGAACAUAUUUUUUAAAGUCUAUA